AUGUUUCAUUUAGAAGCAUUACCUGACGAAAUUCUACUAGAUCUAUUCGAAAACUACAUUCGUCUAAUUGAUACUUACAUUGCCUUCUAUCCACUACCAAACCAACGCAUAAACACGUUAAUACGAGCGGCUCGUUUCUGGAUUGACAUACCUUCAAAAGAUAUAUUUCAUGCUAAUUCAUUCACCACCUUCGCUCCACAAAUUGUAUCGUUACAUCUAUCCGCAUGCUGCAAAGAUUUGGAUCUCUCGAAGUUUGUUAAUCUUCGUCUUUUACACAUAGAAAAACCAACACAGAUACAAUUGCUUGCUAUUCGAUCGAGCGUACUACCGCAACUACAAUACCUAUCUCUGCAUCCUUGUUGGUAUUCAACGAGCGAACUACCGAAUACUUUGGGCAAUCUUGCUAUGUCCUGCUCAUUCGAAUAUCUGCGGUAUUGUGUUUUACCAAACGGACAAAUCAUACGUUUUUCAGCGCAAUCUCAGUUUAAUCAAAAAGAUUAA